UUUUAUCACUACAAUUGUUCACAAUUGUGGCCAUAUUUGGCAAAAGCAAUAUUUCCGCCUCUUAUACACUGAUGUAUAUCUAUUCGGCAGAAAUAUUCCCGACUGUAGUCCGGAGUACAGGCAUUGGUUUGUGUCAAAUGUUCUCCCGGAUCGGUGGCAUCAUUGCACCACAUCUUAUAGGACUGACAAAUGGGAAUAAGACGUGCAAUGGAUUCACGUUUUCAAACGAACAGUAUUUAUACUAUGCGGUCGUAUCGAACCAAACGGAACUCCUAAAAGUGAAUGAAAUGACAGUAGUAACCGCUGCCCUCAAUCUGGAUGGCCAGUGCUCUGGAGACUACCUUUUUUCAGUCCAAAUAUAUAAGGCGGACGACCAGGACGGAUGUCAGGGUCAAGGGGUCAGCUCACAAACGGCUAUUUACUAUACAUUCUCCAUAUACGGAGAAAAGUGUAGCUCAACCUGUAGUUUAGUGCUGAAUCAUAGGCACCACUUCCAUGGGCUCUAA